GACGCGACGAAGAAGAGGACCUUGCUUGCACGGGACACGUGAAUUCUUCCCAGAGGUCGGUAGGCUUCGAAGAAGGAAUCGCUGCCGUGUAGAUCAGCAGCGGAUAAAGAAGAUACAGGUUCGACUGUAUAUCCUUCCCUCAGUGCCAGUUGAGCGAUGGCAGAGGGAGCUAUGAACGAGAUGGCUGGUCAGAUGCCCGUCCCUGAACCGAAGACUUUAUCUGACAAAUUCUUCAUUAUGAGGGACGGCGCUGUCUGCGGCGACAUCGCGGAGAUCAACAAGCCAUGCUGCGAAGCUGCAGGCGAAGCAGUUCCGAGACCAGAACGCGUCACUAUGGUCACCCAAGGGACGUCCCCGGAAGGAUUCGAGAAGUACUGCGAUCCCGAGGCGGAACAAAACGCCAAUGAAGAUGACAACGAGAGUUACGUUGACUCGGAAGAUGACAGCUUGGAGGAAGAAAGCAGCUACCUCACAGUAGAGAGUUACUUUUCGCACAAGUUUCUUCAGGACAUUCUGGCGCUCAUGUGCAAUGGUUCCUACGAGACGGACUGGAAUAUCGAGCACGAGCCCCUGGACCAGCAGAUGGUAGAGACGUACAAAAAGAACGCGGAAAGAGUGUACGCUGUUAUCUGCAAGCAUAUUGACGGCUUGACAGCAACCGCUGAAGAGAAGCUGGCGCCCGUACGUCAGGACGCUGCUAGCUUGGACAUCGUCCGUAAGAUCCAGGUCCAGUUGUACGCAGACACCGUGGUUGGGGCCAUGCGGCAACUACGGCGCGUAGCCAUGCAGUGGACGGUGUUUGUGUUAACAGACAUGGCAGCAACGGGAAAGCGGAUUCCAAAAGGCUUUUCGGAACAGUACCUGUUUUGCCGCAUCGUGUCUGGUUGCCUCAAACUCAGGGACGCGUGGUGGAAGACUGAGCUCUACUUGGCCAAAUACUUUCUCCGCUUCCUCAACCGCUGUCAGGGUCUCUCCGAUGUAUGGCAGUGCAAGCUCCAGGAAGUGAAUCUAUCGGUGCUGCGGUGUGCCAUUGAGGUUCACGAGAAGAUGGACAACGAAAUCGGCCUGUGGAAGUGUGCCCAAACCGUGCGUUUCCCGGCUCGCAAGCUGCCGGCCAUGCAACUCAACGUCAUCAACAUCUUCGUCGAUGAACAGCUGAACGGUGAUGUGGCGUCUCUGAUGACACUCUUCUUUUUCGAGACUGGAAGUACGGUGUACAAAGCGCUCUUCACUAUUCAAGAGGAGUUUGAACGCAGGCAGUUGCACUACGAUCGUCAAGCGAUGGAAGCCGAGGUUCGCAGUUCCUGGGCCAAGUACUUGGGCAACGUGUACGACCAGUGUACCAACUUGGGCGCAAAUAAGGCACUUUACUCGCUGAACAGCGACCCUACACGCAUCGGAGAAGGGCUCCGUUUCUACAUGGACUUGGUAACUCCUCUUCACAAGGCUGUCACCCAAGAAUGGAUGCGCUCAUACAGCGCCAUAGUGGAACAGCUGAAGGCAUCUGCACCGUCCCCAGACGUAGACCAAGUGGCUGCGUGGGUAGAAUACACUGGCAAGUGCGUUCUGGACGGCAUGCAGUCCGCCUUCGAAUCCUUCGAGAAGCAAGUGCAAGUGAUCACAAAGAACGUUGAAGCCUUCAGCGUUGAAAUCCGCAAGAUACUCGAGUGACGACCGCUAGCACAUGUUAUAACGAAAUCCAAGGGCUGCUCCUCUAAAAAAAAAAAAAAAAAAAAUUUCAUUAAUAAAACUGAGGUCGUGAU